AGGUAGCGUCGCUCAAGAUUGCAUGCCGUUUAUUCAAAGUAUUCCGCGUUUGACCAUUAGACUUAAAGACAGUAGGUUUUCAUCUCUUAUAACACAACGAGGGACAUGUUUACAUUAAAACGCUUUUCGAGAACGGCACAGAUAUACUGCCAAAUUCAAAGGAUGGGUAAUUUCACGUCGAGCACUUCAGGGGGCUUGUCUAACGCAGCGUGUGCUCAGUAUGUGCAGGAUGUGGUGUCUCAUAACUGUGUUGUAAUAUUCUCCAAGACGACGUGUCCGUAUUGCAGAAUGGCCAAGAAUGUGUUUAAUGACAUCGGGGCGACGUAUAAAGUUAUAGAGCUUGACGAACAUAGUGAUGGAAGGCGGCUCCAGGAGACGUUGGCACAAAUAACCGGUGCCAGAACGGUACCAAGAGUCUUUAUUAACGGACGCUGCAUUGGAGGUGGUUCAGAUACGAAACAGCUUCACCAACAGGGCAAACUUUUGCCUCUGAUUAAUCAGUGCUCUCCCUGUGGUCAGAGCAGCGCAUCUGAUGGCACUGAACAGAGGCAGGCCAGUCAGUCUUAGAAUAUUUAUUCUGGAAACGUGGUUUUCAAACAGCCAUAUCCCUGUCGGAAAUACGGCGGACUAUCCCUGGAAUGUUUCUGGAGCCAUGCGCAAGAGAUGUGAUCAUCUUGGAUGAAUUAAUCCAGUUUAAGAUAGGGUUGGAGUCUGGGGUCGAACAUAGGACCAGGGAUUACUGUUUCAGUCCAUGCCUUUUGUCUCUAUCUGACUGCCAUAAUUUAUGUUUUAUGUAAAAUUUUAAUGUAUGGACAAUCUUUUUUUUUUAUGCAUGUUGUAGCUUGUUAUGGAUAUAUACUGUUAUUUUAUCUUAAGGUGUGUAUCCGUACCUCAUUCAGUACCUGGGGACUGUACAAUAAUGUUUUAAAUAAAUUAUGUAUUCUCAAUAAGCACCUGUUCCAGAAUGGUAUCAGCCACAUUUAAUGUUUUCACGGAGACAGGAUGCAGUCACUUCUGACUGUAGGGUGGUGUAAAGUGAAGCGCCAUAACUUAGCUGCUGUUUUAGUUAUACAUUUACCAGGCAUGUCCUGAGAAAAGCCAAAGAUUAGUUCUGUAUUUGGUUUGAAUUCCAUCAGUCUGUUCCCUCUAUCAGUCUGUUCCCUCUAUCAGUCUGUUCCCUCUAUCAGUCAUGUAGGCCAGUGGCUCAGCACUGUUGCAUAAGGGGAACAUGGGCUAUAACACCAACUUGUCAACAUUGUUAAGCAAGUCUUUUAUACCGCCAAUCUAAUAGCCAAUGGUAACCUGUCUUUACAGUAACCUGGCUUUACAGCAAAUA